GAGCGGGCGUUGGAAUUCAUGGUGGAGAUGCGGUGCGGAGGGUGCGCGGCUAAGGUGACGACGGCGUGCGAGGCGCUCGCGGGCACGACGCGCGUCGACGCGUCGCUCGGGACGAACACGGUGACGGUGAUCACGCGCGAUGCGGAGCGAACGGUCAGGGAGGCGAUCGAGAGCGCCGGGUAUAAGGCGCGAUUGAUCGGGCAGGGGCGCGCGGAGCGAAGCGCCGAAGACGACGACGAUUUCGGCGAGGCGCUGGCGGAGGCGCUGGGCACGGACGCGCGAGGGACGGUGCGGCUGGUGCAGGUGAGCGAGGAGACGAUAUUGGCGGAGGCGGCGCUGGACGGGUUGAGUCCGGGGGCGCACGCGAUUCGCGUGCACGAAUACGGGGAUUUGACGCGCGGGAUGGAUUCGAUCGGGGACGUGUACGGGGGGGAGGGAGGGGCGGGGAUGAUCGGGAUCGUCGUCGCGGACGAGAAUGGGUCGGCGACGAUGCCGUCGACGAUGUUGAGCUCGGAGCUCAAGGCGUGGGACGUCAUCGGUCGAAGCGUCGCCGUGUACGCCGCCGCGGACGGCGAUACGACCGGCGCGGUGUGCGCCGUGCUCGCUCGAAGCGCGGGCGUGGGGGCGAAUCAUAAAAAGUUGUGCCAGUGCGAUGGGACGAUCAUCUGGGAGGCG